GUGUGGCUGACGACACACGGCAGCAGAGGUCGGGUCGAGGUUGAUGGGGAGGCGUGGCCAGAAUCUGGGCGGGUCUGGCUGACGGGGCGUGGUCGAUGGGACGAUGCUGAGCGGCACCGGCUCCAGCGGCCUGUAUAAAGCCCCUCUUUCUAAGAGUCUUAUGGUGGUGCUCAGUACUGCGGCCUUUAUUUUAGCUGUACCGUUUCAACACUAUCAGAAUUAUUUUGUGUACGACUUAAAAGCAAUUAAACAAGAGCUUGAAAUAUGGAGAAUGAUCUUUGCUCGGAUAGUUUGUCUCGACCUCAAGGAUGUGUUCUGUAGUUGCCUUCUUAUCUACAAUUUUAGAAUUUUUGAAAGAAGAUAUGGCAGCCGAAAAUUUGCAUCCUUCCUUCUGGGUUCCUGGGUGCUGUGCGCAGUUAUGGACUUGCUGCUUGUGGAAGCCCUGCAUCAUGCACUUGACAUUACUGUGGACGUCUUGCCGUCUGGUUUUCUAGGUCCCAUCUUUGGAUUGUUUGUGCCUUUUUACUACUCCAUUCCGAGUAUUCAGGUGACUCAAAUCCUGGGCAGAUUAUCCAUAACAAACAAAACUCUCGUCUAUAUUGUGGGGCUACAGCUUUUGACUUCCAGUAUCAAUAUAUGGAUCUUGGCGUUCAGUGGACUGCUCUCUGGGGUUAUGUACCACUAUAAUGUGCUGAGGGUGCAACAGUUGCUCUACAUACCCAAGUGGAUGGCCAGAUGUGCCUCGUUUACCCUCGAACCUCUGUUAUCGUCUGCUGAUCCCACCCAUGAGACUCCCAUUGGAAUGGGUGCAACACUGGAGAUUCAGAGGCAACAGAGGGCCGAACUCCUGGAUCAACAAAUCAUGCUGGCUCAACUGAAUCAGAACAACAGGAGGCAUCGAGGGCAGGGUGGUUUGAUCAACUGGGAGAGGCUGUUCCCUCAAAUGCGCAACAGAUUUAAUGCUCAUGAUCGACAAGACAGUGGUUUGAAUAGCCCUUCACCGAGUGCUCCAGUUUCAGAAGAACAGGUGGCAAGACUGAUGGAGAUGGGUUUUUCUCGAGUAGAUGCCUUGCAAGCUCUAAGAGCUACAAACAAUGAUCUUAAUAUGGCCACCAACUUCCUUCUGCACCACUGACAACAGAUGGCUGACUUAAAGGACUGAAUUGCCUUCACCUCUGAACACGGUCACGUCGAGUGGAACACAACACUGAGAAUUAUUUUUGGCAAGGAGAAGAGAUACCAGAUUUGAAAUUGUAAGAGCCGAUUAUGUUUGGCAUCAAGUGCAUGAUUACUGUAAGAAUCACAAAUGAUACGUGUGAUAGGGAGUGUCAUAAUGUCAAUAACUAAGGUGCAAAGGUUCUCAAGGUGCAGCACAAUUGAUUUUUAAAACCAAAUUGGUAUGCUGUUGUAUCAAAUUUAAUACAUGUUGGUCAAUAAAGUAGUUACCUUCA